CUACAACCCCUAAAAAAAAGAAAAAAAGAAUGUAAAUUUGGUAAUUUAGGUUUCUUUUUCAUGGUCAGCAUUUGUGGAACUAGAAGAUAUUUGAAGGGCAAGAAAACCGCGGGACAUGGGCUCCAGCGACUACAACCCAACUACCAACAGCUCUCCUUCACUUCACCAAUUACCAUGGCAACUUUCCUCCCUUUUACUUCCAUCAACCCUCAAACUUCCCAUCCAAACCCUCGCCAAAGAGUUCGCAAAACCCGAUUCCUCGCAAAGAACCCUACCUCCAAUUCAUCAGCCAAAAAUCCAGAAUCCCAGCCUGAAAAUGUGCUGCUCAAAAUCGCCUGGUACGGCUCUGAGUUCCUCGGUGUGGCUGCUUCUCUCCUCCGUUCUCCGUCGAAAACUGGGGAUAACGCCGGACCUAGUUCAGAGCUUUCUCUUGAUGGGUUCGGAAGGAUUGAUCGAGCUGCUGUCGUGGAAAGCAUUAAAGAUGAUUUCCAGAGAUCCUAUUUUGUUACAGGAAAUCUGGCAGUUGAUGCUUAUGAAGAGGACUGUGAAUUUGCUGAUCCAGCCGGUUCGUUCAGAGGGCUAAGUCGGUUCAAAAGAAACUGUACCAAUUUUGGAUAUCUACUUGAGCAGUCAAAUAUGAAACUUAUGAAAUGGGAGGAUUUUGAGGAUAAAGGAAUCGGGCACUGGCGUUUCAUCUGCAUCAUGUCGUUUCCAUGGAAGCCGAUUCUAUCAGCCACUGGCUAUACAGAGUAUUUCUUUGAUGAAAAAUCUGGAAAAGUAUGCAGGCAUGUGGAGCACUGGAACGUUCCCAAAAUGGCUCUUUUGAAGCAAAUUUUACGGCCUAGCAGGGGGAAAAGUGGCAAGAAAUCCAGCUUAGAGAAAUGAGAUGAAGGGUCUGACGUUAAGUAUGACAAUGGUUCCUCUCCCUUUUGAGGGUAUGGUGCUCAUUUUCAGAUAAAAACAAGGGCGUUGAUGGUUGUGAUUUCUUACGUAUAUUAAGGAGCAUCAUACAUAGGCGAGCGACUAAGAGUGGAGUGUGUUGAUGGCUAGUGUUUUACAUGUAUGUAUGUAUAUACACAGGAUAUAUCCGCAAAAACACACAAGUUUAAUCAUGGAUGGGAUGGAAUGAUAAAAUACCAAAAAAGAAGAGAGAAGUUACUCAGAGUUGUAUUAAUGUUCGUUUCUGUUAAAAAUUCAUUCAAAUUUAGUAUUUAAA